AUGGACUCUUCCGUUUCCAGCCAACGCAAGCGCCAGCGUGCCCACCGCAACGACAACGCUGUCGAUUGGGAAAGUCUCCAGGCCAGCGCAGGCAAGGAAUCACUGUCAGUACUGAACGAAGUCCCCCAUGUGACGGACCGUCCACCGACGGACUCGGCGACCUUUUGGAACUCGUUUGCAGCCGAAUCGAGGAAGCGGCGACACCGGCCUUUGCCUUCAUCACAGGCUCUCAUUGCCACUAUCGACGCCAGAGGAUUAAGUCGCUCCCCUUGUCCAUUAAUUCGCGAUUUUCUCGCGUCACUGGGUAGGGUUCCUUCUACUCCGACGAGCACGUCUGCCGAUACGCAAGGUUCCGUCGGUGACAAACCGGAAGACGAAACGGCAAAUCAGCCCCUCCUACACGCCAUUGACGAUGCCACCAAAUCAACCAUGACUCCCGGACAACAUCAACGAUUGCGACAGCUACAAGCCAAGGGAACAUCCCUUUCUCGCCAACAGCUUGGUGAAUUGCAGAAACUACGUAAGUUGCUCAUCGGCGAGCAACGCGUCUACGAAAAAGCUGUGCUGGAAUUUUGGAAAUCAGCCGCAGAUCGAGUGUUCCUAGGGUUAACCGAUGACCGCUCGAAAGCACACGCGUUCGUUCAGCGCUUUUGGAGUGGAGGACUACUGGCGUCUACAGUUGUGGCGGGGAAGUGCCGUCAAAUUAUUUCGGUCCAGCCAGAGCACUCGUUUUCGCCAGAGCGAUGCGAACACGAGCUUGUUGGCGGACCUGCAUCGCAAGGGGCUGUUUGCAAACUUCCAGAUGAUGGGCAGGAAAUCGCGUUACCAUCAAGGCCACCGAGAUCGCAUUUGCCGUUGCACAGUGACAAACAAGCUCUCCAGCUGGCCAAGACGCACAACGCAACUCUCAUUACCAGCAUUGAAACUCUGGAAGUACUACUCCAGGAACCAGCAAACAGCGACUGGACCUUGCCAUAUUUCUGCGAUGGCGAAACGUACGAAAUACCAAUACUGGACGCUCCGCUCGUACACUCGGUCAAGACACCAAGACUGUGUUUGGAGAAAGCCUUUCGAUUGGGAAUGACGGAGUGGCUGGAGUCCACAAGUAUACAACAAGCACAACAACCAACAAGCGGUUGCCCGCAAUCGUUUAUUUAUAUUCUAUUGGUGGUCCCUGUAUUGAAGCAACGAUCGCAAAGGAUUCUAGUGCGGCGUCCCAGAGGAUUAACCGACCACAGUGGCCAGUCACUUCUACUCCAUAGUAGGAUCGAAUACUUCCCCGAACGAGGCCGCGAACAACCAAGUCCUAGUGAGAAAGCGCUCUGGAUUCUGGACCAUGUACUACAGCCAACUUCUCACGUUGUUGUGGGCAGCAUAGAUCCGCUUCGUUGUACAAUUUUGCGUUGGGAUCAUGUCAGUUUGGCGCAUGGUUUGGUACACAUUCCGGGUCCAUUUGGUCGAAGCGAGACCAGUGCUUUGAAACACUGGAGUCGACUCAUGCACAUCCUACUUGCCAUGCAAACAAUUGGACGUGGACAAUACGUGUUGUCUUAUCCCGGUCAGGGAAUAAGUGUUCCGGAGAGUGGUAUAUCCGUUCACCUUGCUACGCCGUCAAUAGAAUCAAUGCAUAGAGAAGGACAGCCUUCAAUAAGUCCUCUUGCAAUGAACGAAAAAGCUGUCGAAAGGGCCAUUCGUCCUUGGGAAUGGAAAGCGGACCGCAUGGAAUAUUCCUUCCCGAUAGACAAUGGACAAGCGUAG